UAUAAAGCGCCAUGGAACCCAUAUAGGACGAAUUAAAUGAAUUACCGUAAAAAUACCAGACAAAAUAAACAAGAAAACGGGGAGAAUAAGGCUAGAGUGGAGAAAACGAUUUGCGUUAUAUGCAAUAGCAAGAAUGUAAAACAGACAUCCUCUGAUUUCAUUCACAUUUCUAUGCUGCAUUUGAAGGGUUUUCAUCUGGGAAGCUACGUCUGCGGACAGUUAUAUUUUAUCCUGGCUGGCUGUGCUGCAGUCUCUGCGUGCGAUGCACCGCUCAUACCACCUCACAGUUAUAUUUUUUUUCUACAUGUGGAGGAUCGACGCUGUACAGAGAAUGCUUAAGCAUGGGAUAUGCGUUUGAUGUGGGCAGUAUUUAUCUGCUAUGAUUUAAAAGAUCCGCGGAAGACAGGCAGAGGCUCGGUGGUAACGCAUUCAGUUCUCCGCAUCAUAGCACUUCUGCUGAAAGAAAGACUUGAAAAAGCUCUUUAAAUAUUUAAGAAUACGGACUCUUGAAAGCUGAGGAUAUGCUACUGCUUUGUCUAACAUUUUCUACGCAUGAUAUUCUAUCCAGACAUGCAUUUUAUACAGAGAAGAAAGGAUGAGAGCAUAUGUCCAGGCUCCAAAAUUACCCCGAAGGAAAACGCAGCCUAAAAAUGCUCUAAUGCGAAAUGGUACGCUAAGUGAUUCAAGCAAAAUAGUGAUAUCUUGUAAUUAGUCUACGUUACUGUAAACAAUAUGAACGACAAACUUAUAAAAUAUAUCACAUAAAAUAUGUUUCAGUUUAGUUUCUUUGUUAGACGUCCAGCAGAUAGAAACCGUAAAUGCGCACACUGAAGUUCAAUUUGAUUGUAAUUAAUGGUUUGUAGCACCUGGCUUUAUAGGUGGAAGCUCGCUUAUGUUUUCAUCAACACAUAACUACCUUGAACCUUGCGGAUAGCAACGCGGAUGACUGAAUUAGUCCUGAAUCUAUCCCACAAUACCGUUAUUUGGAUCACGGACAUCAAAGAAUUUAAUGGCUUUUGUGUUCAGAAGAUGGAGAGUGUUAUUGGUGCUGAACGUGAUUGCGGUUGCGGGGUUCAUGACUUUUUGGACCAAGUGCACCCACACCCGUAUAACAAAAGCCGUCGAUCAGGACGAUGUGAAACGACAGUCACGCUCUAACGGCACGGCUCAAGGUUCCAGCAUCAGUCAUGAAGUAUUACUGAGGAGACUCGGGUCACUGGAGGACGUGGUCUACAGACAGCUCAAUGGUCUGUCAAAGUCCCUGGGUCUGAUUGAGGGCUUUGGGGGACGAGGUAAUGGGGGACUCGCCGCCACACUAGCCCCAUCAGAGGAGGCCGAUGCCAAAGUCCUAAGGGAGAAGUAUGGAUACAAUGCUUACCUCAGCAAAAAGAUAUCACUGGACCGGUCCAUACCAGACUACCGGCCAAGCAAGUGUAAAAAGGCCAGCUUCCCCAGGGAUCUUCCAAACAUCUCCCUCAUCUUCAUCUUUGUCAACGAAGCGUUGUCAGUGAUUCUCCGCUCAGUUCACUCAGCUGUCAAUCAUACUCCAGCACACCUCCUUAAAGAUAUUAUCUUGGUGGAUGACUGCAGCGAUGACGAGCAACUGAAAGGGCCGUUGGAGGAUUACGUAAACAAACGCUACCCUGGCCUGGUAAAGAUCGUAAGGAACCAGAAGCGAGAGGGACUCAUCCGUGCCCGCAUCGAGGGGUGGAAGGCAGCCAGUGGCGAGGUGACAGGCUUCUUCGACGCCCACGUUGAGUUCACACCCUCCUGGGCUGAGCCCGUUCUGACCAGGAUCAAAGAGGACCACAAGAGGAUCAUCCUGCCCUCCAUCGAUAACAUCAAGCAUGAGACAUUUGAGGUGGAGCGAUAUGAAAACUCUGGCCAUGGCUACAACUGGGAGCUGUGGUGCAUGUACAUUAACCCUCCCAAACAGUGGUGGGAUGAAGGGGAUACCUCUGCACCUAUUAGAACUCCUGCGAUGAUUGGUUGCUCCUUUGUGGUGAAUCGGGAGUACUUUGGGCACCUGGGCCUUCUAGACUCUGGCAUGGAUGUCUACGGAGGAGAGAACAUCGAACUGGGGAUCAAAGUCUGGCUGUGUGGGGGCAGUAUGGAGGUGCUGCCAUGCUCCAGAGUGGCACACAUUGCCAGAAUGAAGAAGCCCUACCACAGCAACAUAGCCUCCAGCACACGCCGUAAUGCCCUGCGUGUGGCUGAGGUCUGGAUGGACCAGUACAAGUCCCAUGUCUACCUGGCCUGGAACAUCCCAAUGGAGAACCAUGGGAUAGACUACGGGGACAUCUCUCAGAGAGUAGCGCUGAGGAAGUCUCUGCAAUGUAAGAACUUUGAGUGGUACCUGGACAAUGUCUAUCCAGAGAUGAGAAGGUACAACAACACACUCUUUUACGGGGAGAUCCGUAAUAGUAAGGCCACACAUCUGUGUAUGGACCAGGGAGAGAAGGUGAACCACACUGCCACCCUGCACCCCUGUCAUGGAAUGGGUCCUCAGUUGGGUCGGUACACCAAGGGGGGACAGUUUUUCCUAGGUGCUCUAGGCAGUACCGGGGAAGAAACGCGUUGCCUGAUGGACGACCAGUUCUCCAAUUUCCCUCAGCUCCUCAACUGUGACAAAGUUUCAAACACCAGGCUUACUCUGUGGCACUUCUCUCAGAAUGACUCAAUCAUAAACAGAGCCACGGGCCGCUGUCUGGAGGUGAUACAGGCCAACGUUUACUUCGGACACGCCUUGGUGCUCCAAACCUGCUCCGGACAGAGGUGGAACAUCAAAAACACAGUGAAGCAGUAGCCACAGCAUGAAACACAAUUCUUCUUUGGCCAAGAUAUAGUCAUUGUACUGAAUUGUAUCAGAUGUCAUACUAUAUUAUUCAGUUGGUGUUAUCAGUUGGACUUUUCCAAGAUUGUCUUCCAAUAAAUUGCUAGUCUUCUGAUUUAAAAUA